AUGACAGGCCGCCACAGCGGUCUGGUGAAACAGGUGCAGGCGGUCGCGCCAGCCGCUGUUUGGUCACACUGCAUCGUUCAUCGCCAGGCUUUGGCGACCAAGAGGAUGCCCGAAGAGCUGCAAGUGGUCCUGGAUGAGGCAGUAAAAAUUACCAACCUAAUUAAAUCACAUGCCAUGAAUGCCCAUCUCUUCUCCGCCCUCUGCAAUGAGAUGGGUGCUCACUUCCAUCAGCUGCUCCUGCACUCCGAGGUCCGGUGGCUGUCGCGGGGCAAGGUCCUCACCCGCUUGUGUGGUCUGCGCGAGGAAGUCCUCAUGUUCCUCUCCGAAAUCAACUCCCCACUGCUUGAUACCAGGAAAAACAAUAAGGACUUUGGGAUGUCAUUCGGUCUAGAUAAGUGUGGGCAGAUGGUAUCAAGGAGACGGAAGAUGAUCACUACUGAAGGGGUUGAACUACCUGAAGGCAACAUAAGAGAUGUGGAAGAUAGCUACAAAUACCUGGGGAUACUACAGGCAAAUGGGAACCACGAUGAAGCAGCCAGAGUGGUGGAGAACAACCAAGCCAAGAUCCUGUGGGACUUCAAGAUCCAGACCCACAAACUGGUGAUGGCCAACAAGUCUGGCUUAGUGGUGGUGGAUAAAGAUGAGAAGAGAGCAAUAGUGAUGGAUGUAGCAAUCCCCAGUGACAGCAACAUCAAAAGAAGAUCUAAUCUUAUUUUGAACAGGAAUACAAAAGAAGACCUUGAUUAUGUGAAAAAGUUUAAGCCUCGUUCAGAAGCUCAACAUCUCAGAGUUCUGCUCCAUGGACCACCAGGCGCGGGAAAGUCCAGCUUCAUCAACUCUGUUGACAGCACUCUACGAGGAAGAAUUGCAACUCGAGCUUUGGCAGCCACUGGCUACGGCAGCAGCUUUUCCAAAGUGCACAAAAGUUAUAAAAUCGAGAAAGAACCUGGAACCUUUUAUCCCUUCAUCUUCAAUGACACCAUGGGCAUUGAGCAGAACAACAAGGGAGGGGUAAAUAUCGACGACAUCAAACUGAUCUUAAAAGGAAAGAUCAAAGAAGGAUACAAGUUCAACCCAGUUUCUUUCCUGUCUGAGGGUGAACCCUUCUACAACGGUAAACCAGAUAUGAAUGACAAAGUUAGUGUUCUGGUUUGUGUUGUUCCUGCCAACACAGCAACAAUAAUGAAUAAUGAUGUAGUUAAGAAGAUAAAGGACGUCAGAGAAGCAGCCAGUGAGUUAGGAAUCCCACAAAUUGCUGUUCUCACCAAAAUCGAUGAAGCCUGUCCUGAAGUCAACAAAGACCUGAGGAAUGUCUACAAGAGCAAGUACAUCAAAAAGCAGAUGGAAGCAGUGAGUGUUGCGCUGGGAAUUCCACUGAACUGCAUCUUCCCAGUGAAGAACUACAGCUCAGAAAUCAAUACAAACGUUGAGACGGAUUUACUGAUACUGAGCGCAAUGAGAAAGAUCCUUGACUACGGAGAUGACUUCCUGAAUGACCAGCCUGCUUCAACAUAA